AUGGGCGCAGCAGUGGACAUGCUCGCUGGGGCGGAGCGUGAUGCACUGCUGAACGGUACGGAUAAUGAUACUGUGGUGAAUUUCCAGACGCUCGCUGAGCUGCGCGAGAGCGUGGAGAAGCUGGAAAGAGAACUCGUUAUUGAGCGGCCCAUGCAUCCGCUCAGCGGACGCAUCAUUCACGUCACGCACGGCCUCCCUUUUACGAUCGAGUCCCGCGCUGAGGUAGAAUAUAGGGAGAGAAAAGAGCAGCAGAUGGCUGCGCGCGAUAUGGUGGCUCUCAUGGCGCAGCGCGCCAGGGCGCGGCGCCGCAAGCAAUCCUCGCUCGCAGCGGAAAGGAUGCGCGAGCAGGCCCAGUAUGAAAUCCAUAAACAGCACUCGAACAGAAAGCACAGGGAAAGCAGCGGCUCCGGAUCGCGGUGUCUGUGCGGGACGAAUUCGCUUGUGGCGAUGCGCAGCGAGCUGCUGGACUCGGAAGAUUUGGAGGUAAAGCUCCUCGAGAACCAAGAGCGCUCGCAGCGUCGCGCAGGACGGCGCGCAUGGAUGACGACCGAGGCAGUUGCUGACUCGGACGCGUCGGAGGAAGACAAGUUCAGCCCGGUGGGCUCGCGCCGCAGCUCGCGACACCGCGCCAGUGUCUCGAGCCUGAGCACCGUCACCUCUGCAUUUACCGACGCACUAACCGGUUUGUCCGACCAGCCGAGCCCCAAGACGCCCGAUGAGCCCCCACGACGACCCCCUUGGUGUCUCUCGCUGAACAAUGAGCACGUUGCUCUGAACAGCGCAAUUUUCAGUCUCUGCGAGACGCACAUGCAGACGUACAUUGGCUGGCCCGGCAAUGUCCAAUUUGCCGCCAGUGCAUGCAACGACGAGCGCACUGACCCAAGCGAGACGACGCUGGUGGAGCGCCAAGAGAUCGACCAGGUGCUUGCGUCGCUGCAAGACCGCAGCGCGUGGGCGCUGCACGAAAAUUCGCUAGAGAUUGUCGCGCCCGCGCGCGAGGCGCACCGGAACGGGAUCAAGUUUGUUCCCGCGUGGCUUGACCGGCGUGCCGCGCAUGCGCACUACGAGGGUUACUGCAAGUCGACCCUCUGGUCCUUGUUCCACUACUUGUUAUGGCGCGACGACACGGAGCGGUCCAAGUGGGACCUCAAGAGUUGGGAUGCGUACGUCAAGGUCAAUAAAACGUUUGCCGACCACGUCGUUGCCGAAUACCAAGCGGGCGAUAUAGUCUGGGUGCACGACUACCACCUCCUCCUCGUUCCCCACCUGGUGCGCCAAAAAAUACACAACGCCCACGUCGGUCUCUUUAUCCACAGCGCUUUUCCGAGCAGCGAGUUUUUCCGGUGCUUGCCGCAGCGGCGCGAGGUGCUGGAAGGAAUGCUCGGUGCUGACCUUGUCUGCUUCCAAAACCAUGCCUACGCACGCCAUUUUAUCUCGAGCUGCGUGCGGAUCCUUGGCUAUGAGGUGCAGGGCUCCAGUAUCGAGUCGCUCAAUGGGCGCGUCACACACGUCGCAUACAAUCCCAUCGGGAUCGACGUGGAGCGCGUCGAGCACUUUCUCGGCGCGCCGGGCGUCGCGCCCAAGAUUGCCCAGCUGCGUGAGCUGUACGCGGAAAAGCGGAUCAUUAUCGGCUGUGAUAAGCUCGAUGUGGUGCGCGGCGUGAUCCAGAAACUAGAAGCGUUUUACGACUUGCUCAAGUACUUUCCCGAGUGGCGCGAAAAGGUCGUCUUGAUCCAGAUCACCAUCCCUGCGCUGAACAGCUCGGCCAAGCUCGAGCGGCAAGUGGCCGAGCUUGUGAACCAGAUCAAUGGCGACUUUGGCUCCCUCAGUUUCACCCCUGUGCAGCACUACCACCAGGUGAUUGAGCGCGACGAGUAUUAUGCGCUCCUGUCUGUCGCCGAUCUCGCACUGGUCACGUCUGUGCGCGAUGGAAUGAACACCAUGUCGAUGGAGUACAUUGUCUGCCAGGACCGCAGCAAGCAGGGCGCCCUGAUUCUCAGUGAGUUUACCGGCACGGCGGGGCGACUUUUUGCCGCCAUACAAAUUAAUCCCUGGGACAUUGACGGUGUCGCUGCAGCCAUCGAUCACGGCUUGCGUCUCGCGCCCUCAGAGCGCGAAUACCGGCAUGCCGAGUGCCAUAAACAAGUCUUGGCGCAGACUUCACACACGUGGGCGCUGACGACGGUGCAGCAAAUGCUGCUCCGACUGCGCUACCGUUACUCGGCGCACUCCACGCCGGAACUUGACUGCCGUGCGAUGAUGGCGUGCUUUGUGCCUGCAGGGCGCAGGCUGCUUCUGUUAGACUAUGACGGGACGCUCACGCCCAUCGUCAAGGACCCGGACAGCGCCGUGCCGUCGCGCGCGCUGCUGGAUGCGCUGCGCAUCCUGUCCGAGGACCCGCGCAACAUUAUCUACAUCAUCUCUGGGCGCGACGAAAACUUUUUGAGCAAGCAUUUCGGCGCGCUGCCCCGCAUUGGGCUUUCUGCGGAGCAUGGCAGCUAUUUCCGAGAGCACGGCUUGGACGAGCAAUGGCAGAACCUCUCGUCGGAGCUGGACAUGUCGUGGAAACCCGACGUCCUCGCCGUGUUCCGCUAUUAUACCGACCGCACGAUUGGGAGCAUGAUCGAAGAGAAGAAGAGUUCUAUUGUGUGGCAUUACAGGAACGCGGAUCCGGAUUUCGGGUCUUUCCAGGCAAAAGACUGCCAGGCAUUGCUUGCGAAUAUCCUCGCGCAGAACGAUAUGCAGGUCGAGGUCGUGGUUGGGAAGAAGAAUUUAGAGGUGCGCCCGCUAGCGAUCAACAAGGGCGAGAUUGUGCACCGGAUUCUCUACGCGAAUCCAGACACGCAGUUUGUCUUUUGUGCGGGCGACGACAAAACCGACGAGGACAUGUUUCGCUUCCUCUCCAGUCUCACGCCCGACCAUCCAAGCACCAAGAUCGAGGAUGCGCCGUUUUGUGGAAAAGAAAGCGUCGUCGUGACGCAGCCUGCGCCACUAAACAAGGCACAGCCGCGGAAUUUGCCUGCAAAGCGCAUCUGCUCGCGCAGAGAACAAAUGUAUACCACGACCGUCGGGCCAAACUCCAAGCAGACACUCGCGAACUGGCAUGUACAGGAUGUAAGCGAUGUGAUCCGCGCGCUCACAGGGAUGGCCAGCGCCGAGACCUAG